AUGGCCGGCGAAUCUUUGGUGACGAAGGUGAUGCAAGCGGGGAGUGGAACGCUUCGAGGUGAAUACGAUCUUCCAGUGGGCACGCCUGUCGAAUUCAAGACUUCACUCGGAGCGCACAUCCAAGGACAAGUCGCGUGCUUCGAUCCGGUAUCCAAGAUCCUCGCCAUCAAGGACACCACGACAAGCAAGCCGAAAAAGAUGAAUGAUUGUUAUGUGGGUGCGGCGACGGGUUGUUUGAAAGCACUUUCAUUGAGCGAUAACGCCUUUCUCAACUUGAACAACUUGAAAGAUUUGGACCCGAAACGUGAUGAAAUCACGAGAAUGGUUUUUGGGGACAGUGAACAGAAUCAGCUGCUCUUCUCAACGUCAAGUCGAGAAAUCCGAGCAUUCGAUACAACGAGCUGCCAGUCGAGCAAACUUUUUGAUGUCUCAAAUGGAGCAGAACGGCUUAAUGGACUCUACUUGACGCCAAACGAUCAACUUGUGGUCUCCGAUGCGGCUGGUCACGUUACGCUGCACGACAGAAAAGGACAAGAAUUGAGCGCGUUCAAGGGAGGGCAAGGUCUCCUCUGUUUACAUGGUGACGGUGAUCGAAUAGCUGUACCACCAGACAAUCUCGCGAUUAACGUACCAAUAUGGGAUAUGGAUAUUCGAUUGGUGCCUGACUCGGAGACGUUGAUCACCGGGACUGGAACACAUAUGAUUCGAAUGUAUGACAUGAGGGCUCAGAGGCGUCCCGUGCGACAAGUAGAAUGGAUGGAAUCUCCAGUGACAGCUCUUUCUCUCUCAUACAGAGAUCAUCAGGUAUUUGCUGGCAACACGAUUGGCGAAUUUGGACUCUUUGAUUUACGAGGAAAAACAAAAAUCAUGCUUGUGUGCAAGUUCAAGGGUCAAGCCGGGGCGAUUCGUGCAAUUUAUGGUCAUCCUACUGCUCCAUAUGUUGCGAGUUGUGGCAUUGAUAGAUUCGCACGGGUGCACGACAUGAAUUCGAAGAAACUCGUUAGCAAGGUUUACUGCAAAGCUCGCCUCAAUUGUGUUCUACUCCGGGAUGGACUCUCGAUCAUGAAACCAGAGAAAAAGGAAGAAGAGGACGUGGAUGGAGAUUGGGAGCAAAUAAAAGAAGCGAAAGCCGAGAAUGAAAGCGGAUCGGAAUCGGAUGGAGAAGGCAGUGAUAUUUGGGAUGAAAUAGACGAUGAAGACGAGAGUGGUUCCGAUCAAGGCGAUGAAGAACAAUCCAAUAACGAAAAUGAUAUGGAUUCCAGUGACAGUGAACAGGGAUUGCCGUCACCUCCAACGAAAAAACGACGUGUGACCACAAAAAAACCAGCAGAAGCAGAGGUCAAAGAAGAGAUGUCGAGUGGUGAUGAGGACGAUGAUGUUAAGGUCAUUUCGGCCACGAAAAGAAAAGCUAACCCGCCAAAGCCCAUCUACAAAGGAUCUACAAAAGUGAAGCAAGGAAAAAGAAAA